CUGGCUUCCCUGCUUCCACUGCAAUAGGUCAGGUCCCAACUUGGCUACCCUGAAUUUGGUAACUUGCACUUUGCCAUUUUGUCACCCAAAGAGUCACUUCCCUUCUUGCACUUUCGGGACAUUCUGAAUUACUUUUGUCUUAUUUUUGUCCACACACAACUGUCAAGUUUUGCUUUCUAGGAACGUUGAAAUGAGAAAGAAAAAAUCUGAAGUCGGGAAAAUUAUAGAGAAUCACAGUGAAGCCCCUAUGCCCUUGUUUUACUUUCCCUUGUUUGUAUUAACUGCAGUAUGAAACAGAAAUUAUGCCACAGGAGCGAGACAGACAAUGCCCAGUAUACUGCUGUGCAGAAAAAUAAGAUAUUUAGAUUCUUGUUACUGUUGUUUUUUAAAAUUUAAAGUGAAAUAGCACGCAUAAGUAAAGGAAAGAAGGCUAUGUCUCCCUGGCAUAAUAGCCCAGGCUCAUGCCCUCUUUACAUGAGACAGAGCAGUAUGAACAAAGAGGCCCAAUAGAAACAUGCGGACUGAAUGAACAGCUGAAGUUCACUAAUUUCUGUCCCGUAAGCUUCUGCUGAGAGACGUCAUCAUUCGAUCUCCUGUGACCAGCUCACCAAUUUUGAGCAUAACGAGUGUCCAAUAAUGGAAAUAAAAGAAUCAGACAAUAAAAGCCAUACUGGAAAAAUAAAAAUUCUUUGCCUACUAAAGGUGAAAUGAUUACAAUUUGAUAACUAGUUCCUCCACUUAUUUAGAAAAAAUAAACUUUGGUAUCAGCACUGAGGACUGGUUUCACUCUUGAUACCUGGGCACAUGGGUCAGGAGGUCACCAGUGAGAAGGAGGGUCCUCAGCGCAUCCAGUGGGAAGGGCCCGGAACCUAGAAAAUUCCUUAUUUUGCCAACAAAGACAAUCUCUUCACAGCAGGGGAAUCCUAAACUCCUCAGGAUGUGGUCAGCCUGCACUCAGGGAGUGAGUGGGGAGAGUUUGGAGUGGGGACUGUGUCACUUCAGAGGGAGAGGAUUUCUAGAGGUGAUACCUCCCUUGUGAAUGAGGUGCUCCUGGGAAAAUAAAAUUAUCUUGGUGUUAGAAUCGCCAACCUACAUGCACCAGAAAGAACCAGGAUUCCUGCUGCAAGUAUUGGCACGACCUGAGGAGCCCUAUAGACCCGUCACACAAUGGUGGAAAGCAGGGCAAUGUCUCUGUUAGUCGUGACCUUGUGGCCCUAGUGAAGCGUAACCACAUGGACCUGCAUGAAUGUGUUCUAGCAGGAAGAGAAACAUCCCAGGAACUUACUCACUAAUGAUCAUCAGCCUCGGCUGUGAAUAAAAGAGUAACAAAUCCCAGUCCUGGGUGCCACAGAGCUUAUCUCCUAUACACCGUGUGGUAAGUACCUAACAAAAUCCACAAAUGCACAGGGGUGAGAGAGCCUGUCUCCCUCUGUAACUAAAGGAAGGAGGUAAAAAUGUUGCCCAGAUUCAAGGCCAAAUUUUGUUUCUAAUGAGAGGAGCAAUAUUUAUGCAUUAAAAAUGUACAUGAUAUGUGCAUAUGUUUGUGCAUUUACAUACUUACUCACAGUUCUGACUUCUGGACAAGACGUUUCUCAAUUGAUUGAUAAGUAUCCAUUUCUAUGGGCUCAUUUGUAGUUUACCAGGAAACUUCAACUUCCGUUACAAAAUUAAUAGUGCAGACUGAUAUUUUCUUAGAGCAAAUGGAGAAGACACAAAUGAAAACAAAAUAACGGAAGUGAAAGCCUAGUGAAAUGUUUAGAAAAUGAAAAGGAUUGUGUUCCCUAUUUAAUGGCCAUGCUCAGAAAGAAUGUCAUCAGAGGACCUAGAGGCCAAGGUUCAUCCGACGCUCAGCUCAGCCAGGCCAGCAGCAGCACCCACAUUUCUCCAUGGCCCUCAUGCUCUCUCUCCUUUCGGCCCUGGUUGUGUUCAGCUAUGGCCUCGGUGGGUCUCUGGGCUGCAACCUGACUCUGAACCAUGAUGUGGUCAGCAAUGAGAACCUCCUGCUCUUAAAGGAAAUGGGGAGAAUCUCCCCUUCCCUGUGUCUGGAUGACAGAAAAGACUUCAGAUUCCCCCAGCAGGCAGUGAAUGGCCGCCAGGUCCAGAAGACCCAGGCCAUCUCUGUCCUUUAUGAGAUGCUCGGGCAGACCUCCAGAGUCUUCCUCAGAGAGCAGUCCUCUGCUGCCUGGAACACGACCCUGCUAGAAAAGCUCCGCCAUAGACUCCAUCGGCAGCUGGAAGACCUGAAACCCUGUGUGGUGCAGGAGGUGCGACAGGCAGAAUCUGCUGCUGGGAAGGACCCUACAGCGGACGUGAAGAGGUACUUCUCGGGCAUCCGUCUCUACCUGAAACAGAAGAAAUACAGUGACUGUGCCUGGGAGGUUGUCAGAGGGGAAAUCAUGAGUCUCUUCCCUUCAUUAACAAGCUUGCAAGAAGGGUUAAGACAGAAGGAUGGAGACCUGGGCUCACCUUGA